AAAAAAACGUGCUCGAGGCGCCCCGUUUCAGCAACCUGGAUUCACGCGUUGGCUUAGCAAAAGGACGCUCCCAGCGCACAUUUGAAGCGCUGCAAUUCAACCACAAAUAUCGAGAUUUGGCUGUGCCCUCGGUAGCUGCCGACCUGCCGCAGCCAAAAGAUAGAUAGAGCCGCAGCCGACAGAUCGAGCAGGAGACCCCAAAAAGAAAAACACAACCAUCGCGCUCGGACGCCUCCGCACGCGCAACGUCAUGGCCCAGCGCAAGCCGCCGCACGCCCUGGAGGUCCAGGGCCCGCCCGCGCGGCGGCGGCCCGGCCCGUCGCUCCUCCGGAAGGCGUGCCGCGCCGCGCUCGGCGGCGGCGCGCCGGGCGCCGCGGCCAUGGUCCUCCAGGUGCUGCUGCUCAUGUGGCUCCGCACGACGAUCAACAUCCAGCUGGCCACGGGCUCCGGCUUCUUCGCGACGAUGCGCCACCUCUACCGCGAGGGCGGCGUGCCGCGCUUCUACCAGGGCCUCUGGAUCGCGCUGCUCUCCGCGCCGCUCGCGCGGUUCGGCGACACGGCCGCGAACGAGGGCGCGCUCGCGCUCCUCGAGGCGUCGGCGCUGCCCGUCGCGGCGAAGACGAUCGUCGCGUCGUGCUGCGCCGCGCUCUGGCGCAUCUUCAUCUUCCCCUUCGACACGGUCAAGACGACGCUCCAGGUCAGCGGGGGCGCCGCGCUGCGCGCGAAGAUCGCCGCGGGCGGCCUCUUUUCCUUGUACGGCGGCGCGCUCGGCGCGUCCUUCGCGACGCUCGUGGGCCACUACCCCUGGUUCGCGACGAACAACGUCCUCGAGGGCGCCGUGCCGGACUUCGGCCCCCGGCUCAAGCUCGCGCGGCGCGCGCUCAUCGGCUUCGUCUGCUCCGCCGUGUCGGACACGGUGUCGAACAGCAUCCGCGUCGUCAAGGUCUACGUCCAGACGUCGAAGGUGCCGAUCGGCUACGCCGCGGCCGUCUCCGAGGUCCUCGCGGCGCGGGGCCUCGGGGGCCUGCUCUGGUCGGGCCUGCCGGCGAAGCUGCUCUGCAACGGGAUCUCGUCCAUCGUCUUCUCCGUGGCCUGGAAGGGCCUCAUGGAGCGCUACAAGAAGGCGAACCCGCCGAAGCGCGACGACGGCGAGGACGUCGAGCCGCUCCUGCCCCGGUAAUUUUGGCAACUUAA